GGAGCGCGGCGGGGCUCGGGGCGCUGCGGUGCCGCUCGGCUCCGUUUCGCCGCCUUCGGCUUGGUUCCGUUCGGUUCGCUUCGGUUCGGCGCGCAUCAGCUCGGCUCGACGCGGUUCGGAGCGGAUCGGGUCGGAUUGGAUCGGAUCUGAGCGGAUCGGGUCGGAUCUAAGCGGAUCAGGUCGGACUCGAGCCCGGCACAGCCGGGCACGGAUCGCGGAUCGCGGCGGGGAUGGCGGUGCCGGAGCCGGACGCGCGGCUGGCGCAGGAGAAGGAGGAGGAGAGCGAGGAGGAGAGCGAGGUGCUGGAGGAGAGUCCCUGCGGCCGCUGGCAGAAGCGCCGCGAGCAGGUGAACCAGGGGAACAUGCCUGGCAUCCAGAGCACCUUCCUGGCCAUGGACACUGAGGAGGGCGUGGAGGUGGUGUGGAACGAGCUGCUCUUCACUGACAGGAAAGCCUUCAAAGCUCACGAGGAGAAGAUCCAGACCAUGUUUGAGCAGCUGGUGCUGGUGGAUCACCCCAACAUUGUCAAACUGCACAAGUACUGGUUGGACGUCAGGGACAGCAAGGCCCGGGUGAUUUUCAUCACGGAGUACGUGUCCUCGGGGAGCCUCAAGCAGUUCCUGAAGAAAACCAAGAAGAACCACAAGGCCAUGAACGCCCGGGCCUGGAAGCGCUGGUGCACCCAAAUCCUCUCGGCUCUCAGUUUCCUGCACUCCUGUGACCCCCCCAUCAUCCACGGGAACCUGACCAGUGACACCGUGUUCAUCCAGCACAACGGGCUCGUCAAGAUCGGCUCCGUUUGGCACCGGGUGUUUGCCAAUGCGCUCCCGGAUGAUCUGCGCAGCCCCAUGAGGAUCGAGCGCGAGGAGCAGCGGAACCUGCACUUCUUCCCUCCGGAAUACGGCCAGAAGGCAGACGGGACGGCCGUGGACAUCUUCUCCUUCGGGAUGUGCGCGCUGGAGAUGGCCGUGCUGGAGAUCCAGACCAACGGGGACACGCGGGUGUCGGAGGAGGCGAUCGCGCGGGCCCGGCACUCCCUGGAUGACCCCAACAUGAGGGAGUUCAUCCUGUCCUGCCUGACCCUGAACCCCGAGCGGCGCCCGAGCGCCAACAGCCUCCUGUUCCACCGCGUGCUCUUCGAGGUGCACUCGCUGAAGCUGCUGGCAGCACACUGCUUCAUCAACCACCAGUAUCUGAUGCCUGAGAACGUGGUGGAGGAGAAGAUCAAGGAGCUGGACCUGAACAUGGUGAUGGCCGAGAUCCGCAGGGAGGGACGGCCCGGGGUGCAGUGGAGGUACUCCGAGGUUUCCUUCCUGGAGCUCGACAAGUUCUUGGAGGACGUGAGGAACGGGAUUUACCCCCUGAUGAACUUCGCCGCCUCCCGGCCCCACGCGCUGCCCCGAGCCCUGUCCCAGCCCCAGGAGGAUCCCCAGAAAGCCAAAACCCCCACGCCAGAGCCCUUCGACGUGGAGACCAGGAAGGUGGUGCAGAUGCAGUGCAACAUGGAGCUGAACGAGGACAAGAGCCAGUGGCACCUGACGCUCCUGCUGAUCCUGGAGGACAAGCUGCACCGCCAGCUCAGCUACGACCUGCUGCCCACUGACAACUCCAAGGAUUUGGCCACAGAGCUGGUGCAUUAUGGGUUCAUCCACGAGGACGACUGUGAGAAGCUGGCCGCGUUCCUGGAGAGCGCCUUCCACAAGCACCGCUCCCAAGCCCUGUGAGCCCAGCCCAGGGGACUGAGGCGCCCCAGGAGGACCCCAAAGGGCUCCCCUGCCCCACCCGGCCCAGCAGGACCCACCUGGGCCCAGGGGGACUCGCCCAGGCCGUGCUCAGGGGCUCGGCCAAGCCCAGGAAUUCCGUCCUGGGACGUGCUCUGGUCCCUGCUCCGAGGGGAGCUGUGGGGAGGGGGCAGCACCCCCGGCAGCCCCGUCCCAGGGGGGUUUGGGAGCUGCUGCAGGAGCCCCCAGCCGGGUCCAUUUCCCUCUGGGAAGGAUCAGCCCCUCUCCUGCAGCUCCCACAGCUGAUUUCUCCCCCCUUUGCCGUCUGGAGUGCUCCUUGCUGAGGGGAGGAGGGAGAGGAGGAGCAGGCUUGGAGAGCCCCGUGGAGCUUCCCAUCUGCCACAUUCCGCUCUGGACCCCGAAAUUCUCCAGGUUUGGGGGUCUCCAGUGUGCUGCCUGUGCUCAGAGCCUUCCCCGUGAGCUGGGACUGUGUGAGCUGUACAUGGCACGAGAAGGAAUCCCUGCCCCACCACCGGAAAUCUCAUGGAUGCUCCACAGAACCCUUGUCAUGCCCCAGCUCCCCCUACAGCCUUCCACAAUCUCUUGGAGAGAGUCCUGGAGCCUGUUCCUGCCCGGCCUGGAGAUGGGGCACUGCCCCUGGCACCACCCCAGGGCUGCCCUUUGCCAGGGACACACGGGGAGAGAACUGCAGACAGGAACUGUCCCUGUGCAGGAGCCGUGCGGGGCUGGGCCAGCUGUGCCAGGGAAAACUGCUCUGAAAUCCUGCUCUGUGCUGGGCCAGGGAGAGCUGCUCUGAAAUCCUGCUCUGUGCUGGGCCAGGGAAAACUGCUCUGAAAUCCUGCUCUGUGCUGGGCCAGUGCUGCUCCUGCUGCUCCUGCUGUGCCAGGCAGAGCUGCUCUGAAAUCCUGCUCCUGCUGCUCCUGCUGUGCCAUAGGAAACUGGCUCUGAAAUCCUGCUCCUGUUCCUGCUGUGCCAUAGGAAACUGCUCUGAAAUCCUGCUCUGUGCUGGGCCAGUGCUGCUCCUGCUGUGCCAUAGGAAACUGGCUCUGAAAUCCUGUUCCUGCUGCUCCCACUGUGCCAGGGAGAGCUGCUCUGAAAUCCUGCUGCUCCUGCUGCUUCUGGGAAAGCUGCUCUGAAAUCCUGCUCCUGCUGCUCCUGCUGAGCCAUAGGAAGCUGGCUCUGGAAUCUGCUCUGUGCUGGUGCUGCUCCUGCUGUGCCAUAGGAAAGAGGCUCUGGCACCCUGGUCCACGCCGCUCUGUGCCAGGGUUUGUCCCAGCGCUGCUCCUGCUGCUGCUCCUACCAGGGAAAGCUGCUCUGAAAUCCUGCUCGGUGCUGUGCCAGUGUUGCUGCUGCUGUGCCAUGGAAAAUCCACCUCUGGCAUCCUGCUCUGUGCUGGUGCUGCUCCUGCUGCUCUCUCUGUGCCAGGGAAAUCCAGCUCUGGUGCUGUCCUGGUGAUCUGCGCCACGCUGGUGUUGCAUCCACUGCUCUGUGCCAGUGCUACUGCUGUGCCAGGGAAAUCUGUGCUCUGCCAGUGCUGCUGCUGCUGUGCCAGGGAAAACUGGCUCUGGCACCCUGCUCUGUGCUCUGCCAGUGCUGCUAUGCCAGGAAAAUCUGUGCUCUGCUGGUGCUGCUGCUGCUGCUGUGCCAGGGAAAUCUGUGCUCUGCCAGUGCUGCUGCUGCUGUGCCAGGGAAAUCUGGCUCUGGCACCCUGCUCUGUGCUCUGCCGGUGCUGCUGUGCCAGGGAACUCUGUGCUCUGCCAGUGCUGCUGCUGCUGCUGUGCCAGGGAAAUCUGUGCUCUGUGCUCUGCCAGUGCUGCUGUGCCAGGGAAAUCUGUGCUCUGUGCUCUGCUGGUGCUGCUGCUGCUGUGCCAGGGAAAUCUGCCCCUGGCACCCUGCUCUGUGCUCUGCCAGUGCUGCUGUGCCAGGGAAAACUGGCUCUGGCACCCUGCUCUGUGCUCUGCUGGUGCUUCUCCUGCUGUGCCAGGGAAAUCUGCCCCUGGCACCCUGCUCUGCUCUAUGUUGAGCCAGUGCUGCUCCUGCUGUGCAGGGGAAGCAGGCUCUGGCACCCUGCUGGUGUUCUGUGCUGGUGCUGCCUGGCUGUGCUGUGGGAAUGCAGCUCUGACACCCUGCUCUGUGCUGAGCUGGUGCUGCUGCUGCUGUGCCAGGGAAAUCUGCCCCUGGCACCCUGCUCUGCUCUAUGCUGGUGCUGCUCCUGUUGCUCCCUCUGUGCUGGGGGAAUGCGGUGCUGUCCUGGUGAUCUGCACCAUGCUGGUGUUCCAUGCCAGUGCCCUGUGCCAGUGCUGCUGCUGCUGUGCCAGGGGAAUCUGCCCCUGGCCUCCUGCUCUGCUGCUGCUGAGCCAGUGCUGCUGCUGCUGCUGCUCCCCCUGUGCCAUGGGAAGCUGCCUCUGAAAUCUGCUCCCUGCAGGAGCUGCGUGUGCCACCGCCUGCCCUGCGCUGCUCCUGCUCCAGCUGCGUCCCACUGGGAUUUCAUCCACGCUCAGCCAGCUCGGGCUGCACUCCUGGCUUGGGCUGCAGCCCCAGCAGUGCUCCAGCAGUGCUGCAUUCCCAGCAGUGCUGCAUUCCCAGCAGUGCUGCAUCCCCAGCAGUGCUGCAUCCCCAGCAGUGCUGCAUUCCCAGCAGUGCUGCAUCCCCAGCCCUGUUCCAUCCCCAGCAGCGCUGCAUCCCCAGCAGUGCUGCAUCCCCAGCAGUGCUGCAUCCCCAGCCCUGCUCCAUCCCCAGCAGUGCUGCAUCCCCAGCCCUGCUCCAUCCCCAGCAGUGCUGCAUUCCCAGCAGUGCUGCAUCCCCAGCCCUGCUCCAUCCCCAGCCCUGCUCCAUCCCCAGCAGUGCUGCAUUCCCAGCAGUGCUGCAUUCCCAGCAGUGCUGCAUCCCCAGCCCUGCUCCAUCCCCAGCAGUGCUCCAUUCCCAGCAGUGCUGCAUUCCCAGCCCUGUUCCAUACCCAGCAGUGCUGCAUUCCCAGCAGUGCUGCAUUCCCAGCAGUGUUCCAUCCCCAGCAGUGCUGCAUCCCCAGCCCUGCUCCAUCCCCAGCCCUGCUCCAUCCCCAGCAGUGCUGCAUCCCCAGCAGUGCUGCAUUCCCAGCCCUGCUCCAUCCCCAGCAGUGCUCCAUCCCCAGCAGUGCUGCAUUCCCAGCAGUGCUGCAUUCCCAGCAGUGCUGCAUUCCCAGCCCUGCUCCAUCCCCAGCAGUGCUCCAUCCCCAGCAGUGCUGCAUCCCCAGCAGUGCUGCAUCCCCAGCAGUGCUGCAUUCCCAGCCCUGUUCCAUCCCCAGCAGUGCUGCAUCCCCAGCAGUGCUGCAUCCCCAGCAGUGCUCCAUCCCCAGCCCAGCUCCAUCUCCAGCAGUGCUGCAUCCCCAGCAGUGCUGCAUUCCCAGCAGUGCUGCAUCCCCAGCAGUGCUGCAUUCCCAGCAGUGCUGCAUCCCCAGCAGUGCUGCAUUCCCAGCAGUGCUGCAUUCCCAGCCCUGCUCCAUUCCCAGCCCUGCUCCAUCCCCAGCCCUGCUCCAUCCCCAGCCCUGUUCCAUUCCCAGCAGUGCUGCAUCCCCAGCAGUGCUGCAUCCCCAGCCCUGUUCCAUUCCCAGCAGUGCUCCAUCCCCAGCCCUGCUCCAUCCCCAGCAGUGCCAAUGCCCCACCUGACAAAUCAAUAAAGCCCAUCCCCACAAAUCAAUAAACCAUUCCCACUGUUCCA